CUGUCAUCGAUCGUUAGGGUCAGCUUGUGCGGAUAAAAUUGCAGUUACCUUCAAGCCUGGGUAAAUAGAUUUUAACCAACGAAGAACCGAUAGAAAAAAGACAAAGCAAAACAUGAUUCGCACUUUGUUGAGUUCACGACUUUUACACGUUCUUCACAGAACGGUAGGAUUUAUGUUUCUCAGCUGUCUUGCUUCAGAUGGUAUGUGCUCAAACUUAUCCUCUUUCGUGUUUGACGCGGACGGUGUUAACAACAUUUUUGUAUCUAGGGUCUGAAUUUUGGAUACAGAAUUUAAAAAUGUAAUAACUGCGAAUUUUGACACGGUAAACUUUGAAAGGCCGAACUACGGUAAAAUAAUUUGGAGGCCAUUCAUCGAAAUUGAAAGCGGCUUAUACGAACAUGCGUCGGUAAUAAUCUAAGAAUCGCUUCUUCCGGGUUUAAAAUUUUUAUCAUUAUAUAGACAGUACCCCCGUUAAUCGCAAAAUUCGACGAGAGGAAUUAAAAAAUACCAAAAAGAAUGUGACAUUCCUCACAAGAUGAAUGUUUCCUUCCUUCACAAAUUAACUUGAGUUAAUGAAACGGCUGAAUGCCAUAUAGACGACAAAAUGGCUGGCGGGUAGACGCCGUAAAGUGCCGAAUGGAGUACCGUGCUGAAAAAGCACAGACACGUUAAUUACUGAUUAUGCAAGUUUCAGCCACCUAAUUACUCAAUGUUUGUCUCGCAAAAAUGGCUUCGUCGAACUGCGCUCCGUCUAAAUGCUCUCAGUUGUAUUAUAUUGCAAAACAAGGCGACGAGAUUGUCGUAAAGAGCGCCACUUUCACAUUCGUCGACCUUCUCCGAGCUCGACGACUGAGAAAAUAGAGAGCACAAUGUUCAAAGUUCUUCAUACCUUUGCAAAAAAAAAAACACUUCAAGUAUCCCAUGCAAGAGCUUGCCAAAAUUCCCUUCGAGACGGUGAAAAUAAAUCCGCAGCGAUUUUCAACUAUUUAUGUAAGUACGGGAUAGGUGGAACAGAAAUCGACUCGCAAUUUUAGCUCUGAAAUGAGCUAUACCAUUUUCUUAAUUCUCCAUAGUUUGCUCUGCUGCAUUAUGGCCGUCAGGAAUGUAUGGACUACCCAUGCCACAAAGUGGCUGUCCAGGGGCAAAUGGAUUUCAAUGGCAAGAAGGAUACAUCUACCAGGAUCUCGAGGACGAGGGUAAUGUUACUACUGUCUCACCGAACUCACAGCUCAAAGGCCGCGUCUCGGGUGAUGUCGAACGGUAUUUCUGCAUAAAGGACAACAUAUCAGCAACAGUCGAAAGAAAUCGACCCCGAUGGCCUGCGGGGGAGUAUUGCAUCUAUCAGAAAGGUUCUUAUUGUCCAGAUGGACUGCAGAGUGGGUUUAUAUUAUGGGAUGACGAAGAUGGUGUUAGCGGAACAAACAAAAACGCCCAUGCUGGCGUUCUUCCAAAAGGAGUAUUUGAUCGCGACACAAAGAUAUUCUUUUGCUGUAAGACCACCAGAAACGGAUAUAAAGAGCCAAUAGAUCUUCCUUUUGUGUCUCCCUUUUACUUGAUGGCGUUUAGACCGCGUUGCCAAGAAGUUCUGUACACUAUACAUAAGAUGGAAUACAUUGCAUAUGACACAGAAAAUGAUCAUAAUUUUGACCGGAAAUGGUUCCCAUAUCCAUACGGAGCCGACUUCUCCCCACCGACAAUACAUUACUGUUACUAUAGAGGUACCAGGCUCUCUUAUCAUCAAAUUGUGGUUUGUAGCAACUAUUCAUGAUAAAAUACAUCUGAUAGCCUGGAGCGCUCACGCAGUAGCAACUGAGUCGAGAAAAGAAACUUCAAAUUACGCUUGCUACACCUGGGACAGGUUACAAAUUUUAGCAAAUUUCGUAGCCUGUAUGGCAGCCUUUUCCCUGUCCUUUACACAAAAAGCCAUAUCUUUAUGCUUGCUACCCACUUGGGCUCGUAAUGACAAUAAAAGGCAAUUGUCUUGUAAACGACCCCUCUAAACCCGAACCUCACUUAAUAAGGCAAUGUUCGAUGGAUGUGGUCUAUCAAUCUAAGUGUACCGUAAUUUUCAAAAGGGAAAACGGCUUAAGACUUUCUAUAUGUUAAAACGCUAACGUUAGGGACUAAAUACAAUAUUUUAACCCUUCAACGUAGUAGACUUCACUAGGCGACACCCUUAAACAUCGAGGUAGAAUUAUUGGUCAAUGUUUACAUAUUUUUUCUCAAUUUGGUUUUCCUUACAUUCGAACAGAGUGCAAACAGACAAUGACAGCACUGAAUGGCACAUUCCGCAGUCCAUACUAUCCACAAAACUAUAACAACAAGGCCUGGUGCAAGUGGCAUAUUGAAGUCCCUUGGAAUUACGCUAUUCUGAUCACUUUUGAUGACGUCAGUUUAGAGUCCGGUUGCUGUUGGUGUGACUUUGUCAACGUGUGGGAAACAUUAAUGAACGGAACAACAGUUUUGAUUGGUUCAGUGUGUAGCAUGACAACGCCUCAAUUAAAUUCCAGUGGUAAUAAUGUUACGGUUAUUUUUCAAUCAGAUGCUAGUUGGUCUAGCAAAGGAUUUCGUGCCAGGUACCAAGCUAUAAAGAUUAGGGGUAAGCCUAAAAAAAAAGCGAAAAAUUUAGACAUCUGAUAACUGACAUAGCUACAUUUGACCCUCUCGAAAAAGUGUCAUGUCUUUGUAUGCUUUAUUUUCCAGGUUAUUUGCCUUAGCUUUCGAUAAGGCGAUUGGAGACGGAAGUGCUUACGAAAGGCAAAAGUAUACAAUAGCCUUUACACGAAAUCGAGGUUUUGAUAUUAAUUCUAAGGCUUAACUUAAAAACCAGUAACAAACAUUUGUAAAAAAGAAAUGAAAUGUCAGGUUGGAGUGACCUUAAGGUUCAUAGAAGUCCCCUCUUUUUCGAGGAAAAGGUUAUAAAUACCUCACACUAACCGAGUUGAUGGUUCAUACUUAAGUUUUCUCCACUGCGAUUUGUAGUUUGCCCAUGAAAGUCAUAACUUUCUUGAAGUUACUUCGGGGAAAGAAAGGGGUAAAAUGAGAGAUUUUGUCCACACAAACAUUUUUCUACUUUGACGAGUUGUUCAGUAAAGUACAGCUCGCAAAAUUGACCUAUAUAAGAACACGUGAUAACUGUGAUGAUAGCUAUUAGUAUAAAGCAAAUAUCCAAUCUAAUUAGAAUGUCACAAUCUGAUUGGCUACGCUACUCGCUAUCUAUUGCGUAAUAGAGAGUAAGUAGAGUGACUAGCCUAACAGCGAGCGGUCGGAAACUUAAUAACAAAAAUAUGCGCUUGGGUUGUUGUUACGUUUUGAAUAACUAGAAGAUUCUUUAACAAUCACUCUUGAGUUUUAUGCUGAAUAGUUCAGUGAUUCGGGCCUUGCCGACAUGACCACUAUAACGCGAUAGAAAUCUUAUAAUCAAGUACAGCGUAGUUUAACCAAUUAAUGAAAGAUAAGCUGACAUGCCCCCAAAUAGCAAUAAGCUGGGCCAGGAAUCCUAUUCUGGAAUAUUCCGUAUAUGCCACAAACAUAAAAAUACGCUAUCUUUCUAAACACAACAGCCAAAACAACUACUAGCACAACCCUUGCCUCAACUCAGACAAACAUGGUCAAAGACAAAGUAACUACGACGUCAUCAAGCGUAAAGACCACUCAAGAGAUAUCUUCUACUAGAGAGAGCAAACUCAGCUCUCCAGAUAAAACAGAUCACACCUCCAUGACAAGAGGAAAAGGUUUGUCUGACACAUUGGACGAUGGAAGCGAGUCUGAGUCAAACACCUCCCUAAUUGCUGGAUUGACUGCAGCUUUGGUAGUAAUUUGUGCGAUACUCGCAAUAACUUUGUUUUGUUUUCACAAAAAGCGGUAAGUUCAACUUUUUGUUAUCGAUAUUAUAUCCCUAACCCUUUACCUCCCAUGAGUGACUAAGAAAGAAUUUCUCCUUACAAUAUAAAUACAAUAUCAUGUAUAGAAGUGAUGAGAAUAAAGAAAAAUAUCAAUUAAGGGAUUACUAGUUGAUCCAAUAUCAAAUUGUUAUCAUGAGAAUUGUUAAGCAGACAGUAAGGAUAAUCACUAAUAAGAUCUUGGGAGGUAAAGGGUUUGUUUAAGCAGACAGUAAGGAUAAUUACGUUUUCUCAUUUAAAAUUAUGAAGUGCCAAUGUGGGGUUUUUCCAACUUCACAAGUGUACAUAGCAAGUCGUAUAGGAAUCUCUCGUAAUUUACUUUUCUGAUCUCAUUUUGAACUCAACUAUCGAUCGUGAAUGGCACCUUUUGAGUAAGCUAGAUGUACGGAAAAUCUUUACAAAAGUUCGCACACCGCUAGUGAAGCAAACUUUUUGUUUCAUCUAGUUUGUUUUUUUUUUUUUUUGAUUUUCAAAUUUACUGCAGGCGUAGUUGGGAAAAUCAAAACAACCGGAACACACCUGCAGUGAGCUUUCAACCGGACGAGAAAGCAGUCUCCAUUUACGCCACCCCAACGGAUGAGUGUAACACGAGGUAAAACCUGUGAAAGUUUAUGGCCAGGGUUUCAAUUCGACAUUUCUUUGUCACUGAUGGUCGUGUCGCUUCUACUUCACUACCUGCAUCUGCCGUAAAUCCUAAAAUUGUCGCGCCCGGUGAGCUUUUUUCAAAGUCAGGUUGAGAGGGAGCAACGGGGCUUGUAACGUGUGUGUGUAUAUGAAGAAUCUUAUCAAACACAUACUUGCAUGUUUUUCUGCUUUCAGUUCUGGCUGUGAUGAAGAAGAAAAUGAUAAUCGUUACACAUAUGUCAACCCGCCUGGAAUGUAUAAUAACAGGUUAAACUAGUUUGCCAAUUUUUAACUCGUGAAUUGCGCGCAUGCGCAAGAGCGAGUUAUAGAUAAGAUGUGGGGAAUGCCAUUCGCCCGCUCGCUCGCUCGCUCGCUCGAUUGGUCGAUUCCUGUAAACUUUUUUUAGAUUUUAGGCUUUUGAGCGCAUUUGAUAGUUUUUGGCGAGCAAUAAACAGACGAAAUGGCGACCUUUGUUGCUAAGAUAGUGGUGGGGUGAAAAAGAAGAAAAUGAUAAUCUUAAAAGUUUUUUUUUUCGUUUUAGUUUCAACAAGCGGCGCCAGCGACUGGCAGGCAUGCAAGGAUUCACACUGAAAUAACAGAACAACCUUCGUUUUUCAUAAAAUUGUAAUUUACAAUCCUUGAACUUGAAAACAAUCCGAAGAUUCAUUGAAAAUAUCACUUACUGCGAAGCGCUCGGAGUUUACAGAUGUUCAAAAGCUUUUUCUGUUAUGGCGUGAGAUUGAGGACAAAAUUGAUCAUUACGUUUCGUCGCGUGUGUUUUUCCUGUGUGAAGCAACAAAAGUGCCGGCGACUGACGAAAUAACAACUUAACACGAAAAUCAAAUAACACCUAAACAAACAAUUUUAGCUACCGAUUUGCAGUGAAUUUUUAAAGAGCAAUUUUCUUUUCAGUUUCAAGACAAUUUGAAGAUUCAACAUACAUACAACGUACUAAAAUGCGAAAGUUACACACCACAAAAUAGAUAAAUAGGCCUGAAAUGAAAUUUUUGUUAUUGAUUAUACGUUGCCUAGCACGUGACUUAAAUCUACCCAGGCGGAGAUCCAAAAUGACGGUGGCAGGCUUGGCUCAGUUAUAUCACUCAAAAAUCGUUCCCGUUUGUCUCAUUUGAUAAAGAGGAAAUCGUUAAUGUUUUCAUUAAGACAGUAUUGCCUUGAUUUUCUAAUAUUUACAACGAAAGACAGUAAAUUUCACUUUUCACCCACAUUUACUUCCGACCUUUUCUUUUGAACCAGAAACAAAAAUGAUAGAAAACACAUGACAUCAUCCACCUUGUCAAAUGUACUAGCAUGAUCAUUUCAAUUGUAAUGCCUUCUUAUCCCAACGUUACUUUGUUUCUUUGCUACAUUAGCGAACACUGAACUACUGCUCGUACUCUAGAUAUGACAAUCAACCACAAAAUUCCCUAAACCAGAUAACAUUAAACAUAGUCUAAAAAAUCAUGUGUCAAUUCACGAGUUUGCUCACAGAGCACUUUGAUAUUGAUCAAAUCCAAACACUCAAAUUGUACGUUUUUCCACAAAAUGUGAUUCCAAAUUGCCUUCUUUCAGCAAUGAAACAGUGAAGGAAAGUGACAACCCAUUGUACGAAAGGUGAGUUUGCAUUUUAUCUCUUCAGGAAGCUCAGUUCACCUUCAGUAAUUUACUUUAAUAAGUCAAGACUGUCUGAUCUUAAGGAUCGAUGUGUGGCACAGGCAUGCAUGUUUAGCAAUAUUUCCGGCCACAUAGAGGGAGUGGUCAAUUCAAAUUAAGCUGCAAUCUUGACCAAACAUUACCAAGACAACCUCUUAACCCUUUAACUCCCAUAAGUGAUUAAUAUGUAACUUCUCCUUAUAACAUCCACACAUUAUCCUGGCAACAUGUAUUAAGAAUACUCAAACUUAUCAGGUAGGUCAGUUAGUAGUCUUGAUCUAGCACCAAACACUUGUGACUUAUUUACAAGGAAAUGUGUAGCAACUAGAGGGGAGAAUUAACAAUCUGAUCUUGGGAGUUAAAGGGUUAAAAACACUCGGAGAAAGUCCAUACUUUAAACUCGCUGAUGUACACAUUACAUAAGUCAGUAAUGUCGUGUUUUAAAAGUGAUAAGCCAUCAAUGUUGACAGCGGUGGUGGUGAUCAGAGGUAUGAGUUAAUAUCCAAUGGGGAAGGUUGAAAGAACUCCAAAACAAAAAACAUAAUAUAUGCGUUCUUUCACAGAAGUUUCCUGCAACCAAUUUUCCAAGGAGUAAUAAACUGAGUUAUAUGAAUCGAUCUUUAAGGCAAUCCAAUGGAAGCGUUCUCGAAAUACAGAAGCAAUAAGAAAUAUUUUGGUCGCUGAUUUUAAAAAUAAGGAGCAUUCUAGUGUCAAAAAGUAAUUCCCAUCAUUUUCACCACAUCUCAGUUACGCAUUAAGUAAAACUAUCAAUCGACCGUUAUUCUUUGAAAUUUUGAAUGAACUCUGAGAAGUAGGAAGAUCUUUUGGUUUUCUUUUUCAAUUUUAAUAUUAAAUUAUUCGUUUAUUGAAAGUAUGGCCACCUCUGCAAGAAAUCCUGUCAAACAAAGUGAAAAUCCUCUCUACAUAGGCGGGUUAGCCAAUGAGUAUUCAUACUUUAUAUUUUUUGAAAGACAAGAUCAGUUGGUUUGUUUGUUUGUUGUUUUUAUUUUCAGUAAUUUAUAACUGUUUUUUGUUCUCUCAGUGCUGAAAGCGGGAAGACAGCUGAUGCAGGAAUGUAUGAAAGGUAGGGAAGUAUUCCUCUCUACCUAACACCGGCCCUGGAACAGAAAACUGCCCCCUAAAUCAACCAAUCCCAGCAUGCGCCGUUACUGAGAGACAAAAUCUGAGAGAAACGAUUAAGAGGCCUGUUCGGAAACAGGAGUUCACUACAGACAGCAUAUUCCCGAUUUUCCACUUAAAAAAUACACAUUCAUCAAAAGUGAGCUACGCAUUAAAAAGCAAAACUACCAAAUGAUUCCAUCAAAUGAAACGUACAUAAAUUAAUUAACAUUAUACCAAGAUCGUUCUUCUUGUGACAGUCUUUCAUUGAGUAAACCAUAACUGCAUUCAAAGGUCAUGGUUCCUAUCAACUGCCCCCUCCCCUCCCCCCACCCUCUAUGGCUUCAAAUACUUUUUUUUUUUACUGUUGUUCUCAAACUUUUUUCAGUUUGGAUCAGCCUGACCCAAAUCGUGAUGAAGGCAUCUACAGUUCACUGUACGAGAGGUAUCUAUCAUAGAUUUAAGUUAAGUGUUUGCCAAUAUCCCAACCUACCAUAAAUCCUCUGGUAAAUCACGGACCAAUUGCAAUGAGUGUCCCCAUUUAUGAACGUCAUCCAGGCACAUGGCGGCAAAUUAUCACGAAUAAUUCAAAAUAUUAGAAUUUACGAAGUUCUAAGGUACUUGGUAAAAUUUCUGGUUUGCUAUGAAGACGAAAAGUCAACCUUAACGCUUUCCUUUGGCGAUUUGUAAGGAUUCAUAAAUACUUCGGAAUACUGAGCACCGAAAAAAAAUCCUGCCAUUUGCUCAAAACUGCAUUGCUUUAAUCUGUUUUCUUUCAUUUAUUGAAUAAACUACACAGUGAAAGUUUCAAAUAAGAUUAAAAUGUUAUUCUCAUUCUUUUGCAUUUUAGGAUGCCUUUAACUUGAAAAAGUUUCAAGGAGCCUGUUAAGAGGAAUGACAUCUCUUACUACUAUAUGUAACUUUUUGUUAUGUUAAUCUCUACAAUCAAAGACAAGAAGAUUUGCAGUACAACUGCUAAUUAUUCAUUAAUUUAAGAGAAGCAAUUUGUUUCACAGAAACAUGUAAUCAGCCCCUAAACAAAUAGAGGCAUGUGUCGUUGUAUAAUCGCCUUUGCAGCCGCAUUUUGGUCUCGUCACACAAUGCCCUCUUUCCCGCGUUGCGUGACCAGAUCAAACAAUGCCUUGCAAGGACACUGAUCAUCUUUUCGAUCUCGCUCGACUCUCUGAUUGGAUGUCCAGUCUCAGUAAUUGUCCUGAUGUAGUAUCCACGCU